AUGCAAACCGGGUCUAAAAAUGUACCAAGUGAUGACGCUACAUAUACUGAUUCGAACAUCUCAACACCACCAGCACAAGCUGGUAUUGAACAAUCGAUGCUUGACGUAAUUACACAAUUACGACAAUUAAAUAGUACUAGUUUAAAUCUCAAUAGUAAAAUCGAUCGUUUACAAUAUCUUAUCAUCGGAGGAUUCUUAAUCAUGGGUCGUAAUUAUAAAUUGCAAACAACAACUGAAACAUUAGCUAUUGGAAUUGAAGGUGAUCGUCAUUCAUUAUGUGGUGCUAUUAAAAGAUUUGAAGUUAAUGGCAAACAAUGGAAUGAUUUACUUACUCUUAAAGAACAAUGUGCUCGUCGUAUUGCUCUUAUUAAAAAUGAACAAAUCAAAUGGUUUAUUACUGCUUAUUUACCUCCAGAUUUAUUUAAAUAUGUAACAAAAGAUAUAUUUAAUUUACGACGACGUGAAUUUAGAUCAAAUUAUGCAAAACCUUUAUAUAUGUGUCAAGAGUGUACAAUGGAUACCUGUGAAAGUUCAUCAGAUGAUUGUCAAUGUCCACAAAUGGAUGCUGCAAUAGAUGCCUUGAAUAAUUGUCUUUUCCAACAAAUAAAUAAACAAAAGACAAUAAAAACUAAUAAAUCAAAAAAAUUUGAACUUAUUUAUACGAUACCAAAUGAUGAAAUGGAUCAUAGUUAUGAAUUGAAAAGUCCAACAUCAUUUUUUCUUUAUCUUUCACCAUGCCAAUACAAUGCCGAAAUUGAUAUGGAUGAUAUGAAUAAUGGACCUUUUGAUGAAUAUAACUUAAUUAAUUCUCAUAUAUCUGCAAAAGACAAACUUUUAUUUGUUGAUGCUAUGCGUUUUUUUGGAGGAUUUCGAACUAAAUAUCAAGAACCUCAACUUAUUUUUUAUCGUCGUAGUGAAUAUGAACUUUAG